AUGAUAUCUUCUUCUUCUUCUACUCGUGAUGGUGCUGCUGUUCAAGUAUCUGAAGAAAUCCUUGGUCAUGUUCCUUUAGUGGAUGUCAAAAAGGUUCUUGUUGUUGGUUCAGGUGGUCUUAGUAUUGGCCAAGCUGGUGAAUUUGAUUAUUCUGGCUCUCAAGCUAUUAAGGCUUUACGUGAAUCUAAUGUUGAAACUAUUCUUGUCAAUCCCAAUAUUGCUACUAUUCAAACUUCUCAUUCUUUGGCUGAUCAAGUUUACUUUUUACCUGUGACUCCUGAAUAUUUAGUACAUAUUCUGGAACGUGAACGUCCUGAUGGUAUUCUUCUUACUUUUGGUGGUCAAACUGCUUUGAAUUGUGGUAUUCAAUUAGAUCGUAUGGGUGUUCUUGAUCGUCUUGGUAUCAAGGUACUUGGUACUCCUAUUCAAACUCUUGUUACUUCUGAAGAUCGUGAUUUAUUUGUUAAGGCUCUUAAUGAAAUCGACAUUCCUGUUGCCCAAUCAACUGCUGUAGAAAGUGUUGAUGAAGCUUUAAAUGCCGCUGGUGAGAUUGGUUAUCCUGUUAUUGUUCGAUCUGCUUUCUCUCUUGGUGGUCUCGGAUCUGGGUUUGCUGCCAAUGAAGCUGAAUUACGAUCUCUUGCUACUAAAUCUCUUGCUUUAACUCCUCAACUUUUGGUCGAAAAAUCAAUGAAGGGUUGGAAGGAAGUGGAAUAUGAAGUGGUUCGUGAUGCUGCUAAUAAUUGUAUUACUGUGUGUAAUAUGGAAAACUUUGAUCCUCUUGGUAUUCAUACUGGUGAAUCUAUUGUUGUGGCUCCUUCCCAAACCUUAUCUGAUGAAGAAUAUCAUAUGCUUCGUACGGCUGCCAUCAAAAUUAUUCGUCACUUAGGUGUGGUUGGUGAAUGUAAUGUUCAAUAUGCUUUGAAUCCUGAAAGUUUGGAAUACAAGGUCAUUGAAGUGAAUGCUCGUCUUAGUCGUUCAAGUGCUCUCGCUUCCAAAGCUACUGGUUAUCCUCUUGCUUUCAUUGCUGCAAAGAUUGGUUUGGGUCAUACUCUUCCUAGUCUUCAAAAUGCUGUCACCAAAACAACUACUGCUUGCUUUGAACCUUCUUUGGAUUACAUUGUCACCAAAAUUCCUCGAUGGGAUUUGGGUAAGUUCCAAUAUGUCGAUCGUCACAUUGGAUCUUCUAUGAAAUCAGUUGGUGAAGUCAUGGCUAUUGGUCGUACUUGGGAAGAAAGUUUACAAAAAGCUAUCCGUCAAGUGGAUCCUAGCUGGCAAGGUUUCCAAGCUCUUCCUGCUGCUUUCGAAGACGUCGAUGAUGUGUUGACUGACCCUACUGAUCGUCGUCUGUUUGCUAUUGGUCAAGUGAUGCUUUCGCAAGACAAGGCUAUUCGUGAAAAAUACACCGUUGACCAUCUUCAUGAUUUGACCAAAAUUGACAAAUGGUUCUUACACAAGCUCCAAAAUAUCGCCAAUGUCCAUCACAAACUUGCUGAAACAAAGGGUGUUGACUUGGAAUCUAUUCCUGUGGAUUUGAUCAAGGCUGCCAAGAAGACUGGUUUCUCUGAUGUGCAAAUGGCCAAGUUAUUAGGUGCUGAAGAAUUGGCUGUACGUGAACUUCGAAAGAAACAUGCUAUUACUCCUUUUGUCAAGCGUAUUGAUACUUUGGCUGCUGAAUUCCCUGCUCAUACCAACUAUCUUUACACUAGUUACAACGCUACUUCUGAUGAUGUUACUUUUGAUGAUAAGGGAACCAUGGUACUUGGUUCUGGUGUCUAUCGUAUUGGCUCAUCUGUUGAAUUCGAUUGGUGUGGUGUUUCUUGUAUCCGUGGUCUUCGUGAUGUUGGCGAAAAAACUGUCAUGGUCAACUACAAUCCUGAAACUGUCUCUACCGAUUUUGAUGAAUGUGACCGUCUCUACUUUGAAGAAUUAUCUUUUGAACGUGUGAUGGAUAUUGCUGAAAAGGAAUCUGCCAAGGGUGUGGUUGUCAGUGUUGGCGGUCAAUUACCUCAAAAUAUCGCAUUGAAAUUAUAUGACAACAACAUCAAUGUACUCGGAACUUCUCCAAAGAUGAUUGAUGCUGCUGAAGAUCGAUUCCAAUUCUCAAAGAUGCUUGACAAGAUCGGUGUGGAUCAACCAGCCUGGAAAGAAUUAACAAGUGUGGAUGAGGCUUAUGGAUUUGCUGAUAAGGUUGGUUACCCUGUACUUGUACGUCCCUCUUACGUGUUAUCUGGUGCUGCUAUGAACGUUGCCUAUACUCCUGAAGCAUUGAAGAAGAAUCUAACCGAAGCUGCUAAUGUGUCUCCUCUUCAUCCUGUGGUGAUCACCAAGUUUAUCCAAGGUGCUCAAGAAAUCGAUGUUGAUGCUGUUGCUCAUAAGGGCCAAGUGCUCGUGCAUGCUGUGUCUGAACAUGUAGAAAAUGCUGGUGUUCAUUCUGGUGAUGCUACUUUGAUCUUACCUCCUCGUGAUCUCAGUGCAGAUGUGAUGGAUCGUCUCAAGGAUAUUGCUGAUCGUGUAGCCAAGGCAUUUGAAAUUACUGGUCCCUUCAACAUGCAAGUGAUUAAACAAGACAUCAACAAUGAUACCGCCCUCAAGGUGAUUGAAUGCAACUUGCGAGCAUCUCGUUCUUUCCCAUUCGUUUCCAAGGUACUUGGUGUCAACUUUAUCGAUGUGGCUACUCGUGCUUUGGCUGGUAAAAGUAUACCAGAACCUGUUGAUUUGAUGAAGAAAGAAUAUGACUACCAAGCCAUCAAAGUACCUCAAUUCUCAUGGACCCGUUUACAAGGAGCUGAUCCUUUCUUGGGAGUUGAAAUGGCAUCUACUGGUGAAGUGGCUUGUUUCGGAAAGGAUAAGUAUGAAGCUUACUGGGCAUCUAUUCAAUCUACUCAAAACUUCCGUAUCCCUACUCCUGGUGCUGGUGUGUUGAUGGGUGGUGAUGAUGUAACGGAUUUGGACGAUUAUCUUCAUGUAGCCAAGGUAUUCCAUAAUGAUAUGGGUCAUCCUAUCUUUGUACCUACCAAACAAGAUCAACAAGUACUACAAGAAAAGGCCAACAUUCCAUCUGUGGUUCUCCCUGUGGCUGAAAAGGCUGAAAACAAACGUGAAUUGAAUGCUCUCUUCCAAGACAAUGGUAUUGACUUUGUCAUGCAUCUUGCCAAGAUUCGUGCCCCUGAUCAAUAUGAUGAAGGUUAUAUCUGUCGUCGUGCUGCUGUUGAUUUCGGUAUUCCAUUAUUGAAUGAUUCCAAGGUUGCUCGUUUGUUUGCUGAUGCUUAUGUCAAAAAGUCUACUGAAUUGGCCAAAUUACAACCUGGUGAAUUACCUAGUGAAGUCAAGCGAUGGAGUGACUUUGUAUCUACCAAGAUUUAG